GCGAGGAGAUAUAAACAAGAGGAAAGCGAGGGAAAGCACCAAACACCACAAGCAGACUCUGCGACGUAAAAAGCUUUUUCCUGCCCAUUGUUGCACUCAGCCGAUUGUUGGCCACACAUUCGAAUUCCAACUCGACUUCAGUUUUUUAUCUGGUCGGACAAACCCGGAAAAUGGGCAGUCUCCAAUCCCGAGCAGAGAACACGCCAGACACCAUGCCUAGCCCGUCAGGUGAACCUACUGAAAUCCGCUGCCAGGAGGAGUCUCGUGGAGGUCUCCGCUACGAGGUCAUCCUCGCCGAGCCCUUAACCGACACCCCUCCCAAGCCCAGGCCUGUGUCACCUCAGGCCAAAACUCCUGACAUCGAGACCAUCACAGAGAAGAUGGUUGCUGCUGAAGAGAGGCGCAAGUCCUUGGAGGCCUCCAAGCUGAACGAGCUCAAAGCCAAGAUGAACCGCAUUGAAGAGGCUGCCAAGAAGCGCGAUGAGCAGACUCAAGAGUUCAUCAACGUCACCAAGAACGCCCUGGACCAGAAGAUGAAGGUCCACACUGAGAAGCACGAGGAGUACCUCGGAGAUCUCAUCAGCAAAGUCAAGGAGCAUCUUGAAAUCGUUGACAAGCACAGGCAGUCGACCACCGAAUCUGGUGACAAGCAAACUGAAGAGGUGCGUACCUCGUUGGAGGAGCGUCUGCGCACCGCUUCCGAACAACGUGAGGAGCACCUUAGGAAGCAAUUGGAAAGGCUGAAGGAGCAUGCUGUGUCUUGCGCCCGAGUUAGAGAAGACCAGAAGCAAAAGUCGCAGAAACUUCUCAUCAUCCAGGAGCAGAUCCAGAGCAAGUUGAAAGAUGCUGAGAACAGGAAGUCUCUGCAUGAGGAAAAGCUGAGGGUUAGGUUGAUUGAGCACGAGAAGCGUUGCGAAAUGGCUCGUCAGAAGCGCGAGCAACUGCUCCUGGAAGGCAACCAGCCCUGCAACGAAGAGACCACCGUGGCCGCCUCUUCGGGAUAAACGGCAAACAACCUGAGGCCGCGAACUCUUCUCAUGCUAUUGACUAACAUUAUGUUUCUCACCAGCACUAAUUCCCUGAUUUAUUUGUAACUAGAGUUAAGUCUUAUGUUUAGUGAGGUCAUCUGGCCGCAACUAAUUUUUUUAUGCAGAAAAGAACCAAGCAUGAUGUCAAGUGAGUAAAGUGUCGAUUGAUGUUUGUACGUGAAGUCUUUUAAACGAUGGAUGGGCAUUUCCUUAAGUCGUCUCCGCAACUGUCAAAGUAAUGUGAACGGAAACUCAUGAUUAAUGUGGUUGGCUCCGUCAUUGUGAGCAACCAAAAAAGAAACUGUAUCAUUAACAAUUAACAGCUUUGUCGCGUGUAAUAAUUAAAUUGCUGCAUUCUAGACAACAGAAAUUAAAACGCUUUUUCAAAAUGAAUAAGAGACCAAACUAUAAUAAUUAGAUGCUGUCAAUUGCCAUAGCAGAACGAGAGAAAGAGUUUUCUUGUGAUAUGUACAAUUGGUUUGCCUUGAAUUUGUAUCGCUAAAAAUUGUUUUUGAAGACGAAUCAAAAUGUUUAAAAA